ACAGCAAGUCAACUAACUACUCAGUCAUAAGAAGAACGGCGGCAUCUUUCUUUCUUUUCAAGGCUGCUUUAAUAAGCUGUAAACUUGAAAGAGCAAGAGGAAAGUCAGAAAAGUGGCUAGACGAAGGCUUGGCUGGGGUGGUGCGGCAAAGCUACCGUGCCUUGAGGGAUAACUCGGAGAGAGAGAGCCAUGCCUUGAGCAAGAAGAGAGAGAGGUUACCGAGAGAGAAUCGUGCGUGGAUCUGCAGUCUCCUUUUCGAUCUGAACAUAUGUUGAUAUAUUUGAAGGAGUAAUGUUACGUACAGUCGUGGAAUGCGCAAAUGCGAUGUAGUCGCUUUGAAAAAGAGUGGGGUCUACUAUUAAAAAAUUAAUUUCUUUUCAGAUUAUUUCAACUCCCGCUUUGCUCGGUUCAGAAGUUGAAUGUGACAUCUUAGUUCCCCAAUCUCAGGUGUUUGGUCGUAGUUCUUCAAUGGAUUUUGCUAUCAUGUUAGUGCGCUUAAUGUAUUAUAGUGUCGGAAGACAUAUUCUCCACAGAAAUUUAAUUUUCAGCUGUUUUAUGGUAAGAUGGCGUCAGCUGUGGAAUUUCAGUAAUAUAUUAAGCCUUUGGAGCUGUAGAGUUUUUUGGCUUACCAAGCCAAAAAGAUGGCCUUGGCUACUUCUGUGAAUGUGGUUCUAGGCUCUCUUGCUUUCGCAAUCUUCUGGGUUUUGGCAGUUUUCCCUGCAGUUCCUUUUCUACCAAUUGGGAGGACUGCAGGGUCCCUCCUUGGAGCCAUGCUGAUGGUUAUAUUUCGAAUCAUAACUCCAAAUCAAGCAUAUGCUGCAAUUGAUCUCCCAAUACUUGGUCUCCUCUUUGGGACAAUGCUUGUCAGUGUCUAUCUCGAAAAGGCUGAUAUGUUCAAGUACUUGGGAAAGUUGCUCUCAUGGAAGAGUAAAGGAGCAAAGGACUUAAUUUUUCGAAUCUGCUUGAUUUCUGCCAUUUCAAGUGCGCUUUUCACUAAUGAUACCUCCUGCGUAGUUUUGACCGAGUUUGUUUUGAAAAUUGCGAGGCAACAUAAUCUCCCACCUCAUCCUUUCCUUCUUGCUCUGGCAUCUAGUUCGAAUAUUGGGUCUUCAGUAACUCCAAUUGGCAACCCCCAAAACUUGGUUAUAGCUGUUCAGAGUAAGAUAUCUUUCGGGAAUUUUCUAAUCGGCAUUCUCCCUGCAAUGCUCUCGGGAGUUGUUGCCAACAGUCUAAUUCUUAUAUUCAUGUACUGGAGGUUGCUAUCUAUUCCAAAAGAUGAAGAAGAUGCGGCUAUAGAAGUUGUUGCGGAGGAGGACCUGAAUUCUCAUCGCUUUUCACCAGCCACCAUGUCACAUUUUACAUCCUCGAGUUCUCAGGAAUGGAACUCUACAAUGGAAGCUAUAAAUGUGCAAAGCCCUCUUGACAUAAAUAGGAAUAUGGGCCAUGUUGAGACCAUUAGAAAUCGAUUAACUCCCAGUGAGAAUGAUAUCCACAGUGUCCAUAGUGAUAUGUUGGAGUCUGCGAGAAAUUCUAAUGCAUCAAAAGAAGUGGCUAAUGAUGCAUCUUCUCAAAAAAGGGAAGAAACCACUACUUCACACAAUGCUGCAUCAGUGGAGAGACUAAGAGAUGCACUUUCUGUACAGUCUUCAGAAGUUAAGGAAGAUUUGACCUUGAGAUGGAGAAGGAUGUGGAAUUCAUGCGUUUACCUUGUCACGAUAGGGAUGUUGAUUGCUUUGCUUAUGGGUCUGAAUAUGUCGUGGACUGCAAUUACUGCUGCACUUGCUCUCGUGGUUCUUGAUUUCAAGGAUGCUAGGCCAUGCCUUGCAAAGGUCUCCUAUUUACUUUUAAUUUUCUUCUGUGGAAUGUUUAUCACGGUUGAUGGCUUCAACAAAACUGGCAUCCCAAGUACUCUAUGGGACUUAAUGGAGCCCUAUGCGCAAAUUGAUCGGGUUAGUGGGAUAGCAGUCCUGGCCAUUAUCAUACUCAUCUUGUCAAAUUUGGCUUCAAACGUACCAACUGUUCUCUUACUUGGAGGAAGAGUGGCAGCAUCUGCAGCUGCAAUUUCCGUAGCUGAUGAGAAAAAGGCAUGGCUUAUUUUAGCUUGGGUCAGCACGAUAGCUGGGAACCUCUCAUUAUUAGGAUCAGCUGCCAACUUAAUAGUGUGUGAACAGGCUCGCCAAGCUCCACACCUUGGGUACACUUUAUCCUUUUGGAGCCAUCUCAAAUUUGGAGUACCCUCGACUCUUAUAGUCACCGCUGUUGGUUUGGCACUUAUAAGAUGACUUUGACGCUCACAAGAAUUAGGAUAUUUUGUGUUUUUAAAUAAGUGUAAAUGUAGAUUGUCUCAAACUUGAGCGACCAAUAAUAUGAAUUAUGCAAAAUUGUUCAAUAAAUUCAUUCCAAAUCUUAGCAUACAAUAGAUGUAAUUUAUGAGUGAUUGUGCAAGUAAAACACAUCAUUUCAUGCAAAAUUAAAUGGAGAAAAAGCAACAAUGUUUUUAGAUGGGUUACGUGGA